UGUUUAUGUCUCAUUGUGUUUCGCAUUUCAUUGACCUCUUCUAUUAAAAUUCUCGUUAUCGCCGUAUCCGUUUAUCUAGAAAAGUAAAAUGUUGCGCAGUAUCACGAAAAAUCUCCGUCAAAGUCGUCUCAUAAGCCCGGAGAUACGGAAAUUUGCAACAAGUUACGACGAGGUUUCAUUGGAAGAUCAAAGUCUAUUUCCAGCGGAGGAAGGAAUCGUACAGAAUUCACUAUACACAAACCGGAUUCUCGUACCAAAAUGUACAUUGGACCAAUAUGUAUGGUCUAACGUUGAUAAGUUUCGACAAAAAACAGCGAUCGAAUGUGGAAUUACCGGCAAAUUUUACACCUACGCUCAGUUGAGGGAUCGUUCGGCGACCCUUGCAGUGAAUUUGAUUAAAAGAUUCGGCGUGACAAAGGGCGAGACAGUUGCUGUUUGUCUCCCAAACAUGCCCGAAUUUGCUGUGGCGGCUUUGGGAUGCAUCGAGUCAGGCAGCGUGAUCAGUACUUUCAAUCCAAUUUACACGAGUGACGAAAUUUCGAAGCAAAUGAUCAAUUCCGAUACAAAAAUCAUCAUUAGUACGACAGAGCAUUACAAAAAAAUCGCAAAAGCUGUGGAAAUGUCAAAUAUGGACAUAAAAAUAAUCAUGGUCAAAGAUCGGGAGAAUGCAUCGUUACCGCCAAAUACGAUCGAUUUCAAGGAAAUAACGGACCCUCAUAACAUGUCGUUCGAAAUUUUAGAGAAAAAUCGCACUUUUGACCCGAAUGACACAGUAAUGUUGCCUUAUAGCAGCGGAACGACGGGCGUUGCGAAGGGCGUCGAGCUCACACAUCGCAAUAUCGUGAGCAAUUGUGUCAUGUUGGGUCAAAAUUUGGGCGGAGAAACAUUAGCCAUUGAAGCAAGUGACACUUUUCAGGAUGUUUUGCCCUGCGUUUUGCCAUUUUUCCACAUUUAUGGAUGGACUUGUACUCUAAUCUCCAAAUUACAGUUGGGAUGUAAGCUUGUUACGCUGCCCGCCUUCAAGCCAGAUACUUUUGUCGACGUUUUGAGGAAUCAUAAGACGACUUUAAUUCAUUUAGUGCCUCCGAUCGUUACUUUUAUGAGCAACAGUGCGGAUGUAAAGCCCGAUUAUUUGAUGUCGGCACGGAUGAUUAUGUCAGGAGCUGCUCCUUUAGGAAGAGCUGAAGUUGAACGCUUUGUGGAAACAAAAGCACCUCAGGUGAAAUUUUCACAAGGAUAUGGAUUGACAGAAACAUCUCCGGUCGCUAUGAUGCAGUCAAUUGGCAAUAUGAAUUUUGGCAGUAUUGGUUCUCCAAGUCCCGCAACCCAAGCUAAAAUCAUAAAUAUCGAAGAUCCAAAGAUGAUUGGUCUCGGUCCGGGACAAUCUGGCGAAGUUUUGAUACGAGGACCUCAUAUAAUGAAGGGAUAUUACAAGAAUGAAGAAGCAACCAAAGAAACUAUUGUCGAAAACGGAUGGUUAAGAACCGGCGAUAUCGGUUAUUACGACGAAAACUUCCAAUUUUACAUCACAGAUCGCAUGAAGGAACUCAUUAAAGUCAAAGGAUUCCAAGUAGCGCCCGCCGAGUUGGAAAGUAUUCUCAAGUGUCAUCCACAAAUUGCAGACGCCGCUGUCGUUGGAGUCCCUCACAAAACCACAGGCGAAGCUCCGAGAGGAUUCAUCGUCGCAAAGCCAAAUACCAAAAUCAACAAAGAAGAAAUCAUGAAUUUCGUACAGGAGAAAGUUGCGCCAUACAAAAAGCUCGAAAGCAUCGUUAUUGUGAAUGAAAUUCCAAAGAAUGCUACUGGCAAGAUUAUGAGACGAGAAAUUAAAGCCAAAUAUUUGUGAUUUCUCGAGUUAAGCUCGAAUGGAGAGGCCUUUUUACAAUAUUCUUUAUAUAUUUUUACUCGGAUAUUUUGUUAUUUUUAUGCAAUAAAGUCAUUUUUUAUACAAAA